UCCAUUUGCCACCUUGCGGGACCCUGUCACGGUAGCAUCGAUGAUCAUCGAUCACACGGCGAUGACUUCUCCGUGUCUUAAUUGUUGACCUUACAGCCUGAUAGGUUCAGGUCAUAAUGUCCGCGCUUCGUAGGCAUAUCUCCGUUCACGUGGAUUCCAAGAGUGUGCGUGGAGGAGGGAACUCCAAGGAGCAAUAUUCGAUGUUCAGCAGAACAGCCGCCGCCGUGCUGGGCGUCCUACUCGGUGCCAUACUGACUUACGUCUCGCUGUACGUAGAUCUGGGCGGCUUUCAAAUCGCCGCAGAAAGUCAGGCGUAUUCACUGCCCAGGGGAGUUACAGUGAACGGUAGUGCCGCUGCCAUAGCUGCGGAGUCCUACAAAGUUCUUAGCAAUUGGAGCUUGACGGAAACGCCUCCAGCUCCGCCACACGGGCUCUGUAGUGCAGAAAGAAAACACUUUGCCUUCGUCAAAGUGCACAAAGCUGGUUCAACAACACCGUACACUGUCUUCCAGCGGUUCGGACGCAAACGCCAUCUACAAUUUGUAUUGCCUAGCAACGAGAGAGUAGAUGUAGGUUGGCCGUACCUGAUGAAGAAGGAGGACUACCUACAGCCCAUCCCUGGCCGGCCCUUCGACCUGCUGGUGGACCACACGGUGUACAACAGGGAGAUCUUCAGGAACCUGCUGCCCAACGACACCGUGUACCUGGCUAUAGUCAGGGAGCCUUACAGCCAUCUUAAAUCGGUUGUAAACUGGUAUUCCGUGGUGCGAAAGUACGGGCUACAGAAAACUGACCCGGUGGACGAUCUACUGAAGCAUCCAGGAGAGCUGGACCGGAAGUGGCUAGUCCCGCGUGAGCACAAACAGCCGUUCUCCUACACACGCAACUUCAUGUCGUACGACCUGGGGCUGCCCAUCGCUCUAGCUGAUGACGAGACGUACGUCCGUGACUACAUAGCCCAGUUGGACCGGGAUUUCCUGCUGGUGCUGGUGCUGGAGUACUUCGACGAGUCGCUAGUCCUGCUGAAGCGCUACAUGUGCUGGCAGCUGACAGACAUUUUCUACAAAAUACAGAACAGUCGAGAAUACGGUUUCAAGGAGGAAGACCUGUCCCCUAAAAUGAAGAAGAUCCACAGGAACUGGAGCAGGGCUGACUACCUGAUCUAUGAACACUUCAACAGGACCUUGUGGGACAAAAUCACACAUGAGGGGGAGGACUUCUUUAACGAGCUUGCGCGGUUCAAGGAGAUCAACCAAAUGACGAGUCGAUUCUGUGACGUAACGGUCGUCAAGAACAGCACCGCAGACAAACGCUUCGGCGCUUCCCGGUGGAACGACGAGUUCGUCAUUGACGGCAAGUUCUGCGGAGUGCUGAACACCAGGCAUCUCCUCAGCCUGAAGAGGAUGCACGUAGAAGAGCUGAGAAACAAGGGGGUCAACAUGCCAUGGCCGAAAUGGCUGGGUCCGCCUCCGAAAAAACCUGCAGACAAGAAGCAACCCCAACCUCAGAGCAAACCUGCAGAGAAGCAAAAACCCAAACCUCCAGUAAAGCGAACAGUCACAGUCAAACGUAUAAAAUCGUCUAAGAAAAGACGCCACUGAUUCAACGUAGUUGAUAAGGAAUGUUAAAUAUCACUGUUCUGUCACAAGUUUGAAAAUAUGUGCAGUAUAUGAUGUUGUCAACUUAAUACGGUGUUGUUUGAAAUGUCAGUCGAUACAAUUUAUAUUUUAUCCCAAUAAG